AUGAACGAGCAUGGUGAGACCACCACGGAAACAGUUCCGGAUAAUAGCAACAUUUUCAGCUGCCCCGCCUGUCAGAGGCCCGACUCCGCCGAUGAUCUUGUCGGCUGCGACAAGUGUGAAAGCUGGUGGCACUAUUCGUGCGCCGGUGUAACCGAUUCCGUUAAAGAUCGCCAGUGGUAUUGCACUAAAUGCUUUCCACAAACAGCAAAAUCAUGUUCCAAUGCCUCGUCGUCGGCUUCUCGAAAAGUUCGACUGGAAUUAAAUAUGAAGCAGUUGGAGGAACAACGAGAUCUCGAUAAGAAGUUGUUAGAGCUGCAAUUGGAGAAGAAGUACGUUAAGGAGAAAUACCAAUUGAUGGAGGAUUCGCUGCUCGAAGAGGGUGAAACCCGCAGUGUUCGAAGUCGAAUCGACGAGAUUGAGUCUCGAAAGAAGCAAGUCACUGACUGGGUGAAGGACCAAACGGCAGAGCGAGUAAAAUUGGAUGCGCAGUGCGCUCCCUUAGUGGUACCAGCAAAGGCAACGCCGGAAAAUUCGUCGGUUCCCAAGGAUAAAAAUAUAUCCACCGCUAUUAUCGAAGAGAAAGAAGAAGAAGUGACUCACGGUGAGAAUAGAAUUCCACCAGUCAUCCCGAAAAAUGACGCCUUCCGUAAUUUACAACGAAAGCUGAAAAUCUGCCAGGAGUUCCAACAACCAAAUUUAGAGCAGAUACAAGAACUGCAAGAGCAGCUGCAACUGUGCAUGCUGCAAUUGCAACAACAGUCCACGCCUGUUUCUUCUCGACCUGCAGACACCUCGAAAGGAGCUGUACCGAAAGCAUCUGCCAUCGAUCAUCCCAAACAGCAAAACUGUAAGACCUCCGCUGAUUCGAUGCAGCAGUCUAAACAGUCCGGACAAGUCCAGCAGCAAAUUAACGUCAUUGACAUUGUAAGCGAACCUUCCACCAGGGAGAAGCAGCGAAAUGCUAUGCAGCAGCAAAAUCAACUCGCGCUCUCACCGCCGAUCAAUCCGCUUCAUUCAGAAGUGAGAGAUCCUGUUUCGACACUUAAUUCUAAUGCCAACAGGACACCAGGUCCAUCCCCAGUGCAACUUGCAGCCAGACAGGUGAUGCCCCGGGAUUUGCCGGAAUUCUCUGGCGACCCUGAAGAGUGGCCGAUGUUUGUAAGUAGCUACAACAACACCACAUCUGCUUGUGGCUACAACAAUGCCGAAAAUCUCUCUCGGCUUCAGCGGUGUUUGAAAGGUGCUGCACUCAAGUCGGUCAGGUACUACCUCAUGUCACCAGAAUCGGUCCCGGAUGUUAUGCGGACCCUACAAACUCUAUACGGCCGUCCCGAGAUGAUAAUCGGCAAGCUCAUCAAAACCGUGCGUGAAACGCCCUCUCCAAAACCAGAAAAACUGGAGACACUGAUCGAGUUUGGAAUGGCAAUACGGAACCUAACCCAACAUCUCAUCGUUGCCGGUCAACAAGCCCACCUUUCCAACCCGAUUCUAUUGCAGGAGCUUGUUGAAAAACUUCCUGCUGGUGUAAAGUUGCAGUGGGCUCAAUAUCUGCAAAAUCAUCCUGUAGCAUCGUUGCAAAUUUUCAGUGAGUUCAUGACGACAGUAGUGGAUUCUGUCAGUAAAGUUGUUGUAUAUGCGGGACCGACACAGAAAAACGAAACUCCAAGAGGUCGUGAAAAGGGAUUUGUCCAUACGCACGCCGAGAUAAGCGGACAGGGCGGAAUGCAAGCAGAAUCAAAACGCUGUCCAGUUUGUAGCAGAGAGGGUCAUCGUGUAGCUGAUUGUGCUGUUUUCAAAAAAGGUAGUACUGAGAAUCGAUGGAAGAUAGUUCUUACUUUUAAAUUGUGCCGUACCUGCUUCAAUUUCCAUGGUCGUCGAACUUGUAGGAGCACUCGUCGUUGUGGUGUCAACGGUUGUGAAUUCCGCCACCACGCGCUACUCCACUCUACUCCCAUCUCACCCACCACAUCGGGAAGCCUGGGUGCCUAUCAGCCUUCCGAAAACCACGCUUACCACCAUUGCGGACAGUCGGUACUGUUUCGUAUUAUUCCCGUCAUCAUUCACGGGCCCUCAAAGUCCGUCAAAGUAUUCGCUUUUCUCGACGAAGGUUCUUCGGCGACAUUGCUUGAACACAGUCUUGCAGAACAGUUGGGAAUUGAGGGACCGGAGCAUUCGCUUAAAGUGGACAGCAAAUAUGUCACGAUUAGAACUCUGCGCUUUGGGGAACUGCAACGUAAAUUUCACCAUUUAGCAGGUCUUUCCGUCCAAAGUUACGAGAACGCUACACCACGUCUGUUGCUAGGACUUCGCGACAUUGGCCUCGCUGUUCCGCAGGAGACGAGAGAAGGAGAUCGUGGACCGGUAGCUACCAAAACGCGUUUAGGUUGGUGUGUUUAUGGGAGUCUCGAUCACCAGCCAAAACCAGAACAUGUCAAUUAUCACAUCUGUGAUUGUGACAUCAAUGGGAAAUUCGAUACCCUGAUGCGAGAGUAUUUCAACGCAGAUUUCGUUGGAACGCAACCACCUACGAGCAUCGAUUCCGAAGAAAACAAAAGGGCACGUCGGAUUUUGGAUGAGACAACAUCUAGAAUUGGCGAUCGGUUUGAAACUGGCCUAAUCUGGCGAUUCGAUGAGGUCGAUCUGCCAGACAGUUUUCCCAUGGCUCUGCAGCGUUUGAAAUGCCUGGAACGACGUAUGCAACGAGAUGAAACACUAAAAGAGAAUCUUCAUCGCCAGAUCCGGGAGUACCAGGAAAAAGGGUACGCCCAUCGAGCAACGGAAAAAGAAAUGCAGUCGGCUAAUCCAAAGCAGGUGUGGUAUCUUCCCAUCAGCGCUGUAACCAACCCUAACAAGCCAGGGAAAGUCCGUUUAGUUUGGGAUGCCGCAGCGAAAGUUGAUGGCAUCUCACUGAAUACACUCCUUCUGUCGGGUCCUGAUCUUUUGGUUCCGCUCCCGCACGUCUUGUUCCACUUCCGUCAAUUUCCGGUCGCCAUCUCCGCUGACAUCAAAGAGAUGUUUCAUCAGAUCCGCAUCGUUGAAGCUGACCGUCAAUAUCUGCGGUUUCUGUGGCGUGAUAGUCCCGACCGUCCUCCAAAUGUUUAUAUUAUGGACGUUGCAAUUUUCGGAGCAACCUGUUCGCCGUCAUCCGCACAAUUCGUUAAAAAUACGAAUGCGGAAGAGUUUUCGGAGCAUUUUCCUAGAGCGACCAACGAAAUCCUGAAAUCCCACUAUGUGGAUGACUACCUUAGCAGUUUUGAGACGGUUGAGGAAGCAAAAGCAGUCGCCGCGGACGUAAAGAUGGUACACUCCAAAGGCGGAUUUGAAAUUCGCAACUGGGCAUCAAAUAGUCCUGCAGUUUUGGAUCAUUUGGGCGGUAGGUUAGCAGAAACUACAAAAGAACUGAAUUUGACGGGAAGAGAUAGCACUGAGCGGAUGUUGGGAAUGCUCUGGCGGUCUACUGAGGACGAGCUAAGAUUUUCGACGAUUUUUCGGAAAGAGAUUGCAGCACUCAUCGAUUCUGAAACGAGACCAACUAAACGACAAAUCCUCAAAUGCGUCAUGAGCCUGUUUGAUCCGCUCGGACUUCUGGCGUCAUUCCUGGUCCAUGGCAAGAUGUUGAUGCAGGAAGUGUGGAGGACAAAAAUACAGUGGGACGAGCGAGUCGACGAUCGUAUCUACAACCGUUGGAAGAAAUGGAUCGCAUUGUUCAGCAAAGUUGGGGAGAUACGAAUUCCCCGCUGCUAUUUUGUGAAUGCAAAUUCUGAUUUGUAUGAAUCUCUCGAGGUCCAUGUGUUCGUGGAUGCCAGCGAAGAUGCGUACUCCGCCGUGGUCUAUUUUCGAGUUAGGGCUACAGAUGAUACCGUUCAAUGCACUUUAGUUGCAGCAAAAACGAAAGUCGCACCUAUACAACACGCUACAGUUCCUCGGCUUGAGUUGAUGGCUGCACUACUGGGAGUUCGACUCGCAAACUUCGUGGCCGAAGGUCAUACCGUAUCUUUUCGACGACGAAUCUUCUGGUCCGAUUCGAGGACCGUAUUAGCUUGGAUUGGGUCCGAGCACCGUCGUUUUCGUCAAUUUGUUGCCUGUCGAGUCGGUGAAAUUUUGUCAUCAACAAACGCGAACGAUUGGAGAUGGGUGCCAAGUAAGCUCAACGUGGCGGACGAAGCCACUAAGUGGGGGAUAGGCCCUUGCUUUGACACUUCCAGUCGCUGGUUUCAAGGUCCACUAUUCUUAUACUCGGACGAGCUGUGUUGGCCACAAACCGUACCAGAGAUUUUUUCUACCGACGAGGAGCUACGUCCAUGCAACGUUCAUCAAGUGGAACUCGUACCACUUAUUCAAUUUGAGCGUUUUUCGAACUGGUAUCGCUUGCUGCGGUCCGUGGUUUAUGUAAGACGAUUCGUCAACGCUUGCAGAAGAAGAAUAGGAGAAUCUUUCACAAAGAAAAUUUUGACUCAGCAUGAAAUGAAGGAUGCUGAAAAUUUAUUAUGGAGAAUGAUUCAGUUGCAAGCAUACGCGGACGAAAUCAACAUUAUCCAAGACAACAAGAGUUUGCCCUUUGACAAACACCAGCCAGUCGACAAAUCAAGUGUACUGUAUAAACUAACACCGAUAUUGGAUGAUCAAGGAGUACUGCGAGUCGAUGGUCGCAUAGGGGCCCUUCAGGUAGCCUCGGUGGAUCAAAGAUGUCCCAUCAUACUACCAAGGCAGCAUUACAUGACAUUCUUGUUAAUAGACAGCUAUCACCGGAAGUAUUUACAUGCCAACUCUGAAACGAUAGUCAACGAAGUUCGGCAACGCUUCUACGUACCACGGCUCCGAGUAUUGGUAAAAAGCGUGGCGAACCGAUGUCAGUGGUGUAAAAUAAAGAAAGCUCGACCCUCCGUUCCUCGAAUGGCACCGCUACCUGUAGCGCGACUGUCCCCGUUCAUUCGCCCAUUUAGCUAUGUUGGCUUGGACUACUUUGGUCCGAUAAUCGUAAAAGUGGGCCGCGCCAACGCCAAAAGGUGGAUUGCACUUUUCACGUGCCUUACAGUACGUGCUGUACACGUGGAGGUAGCCUUCGACUUAUCUACAAGGAGCUGUAUAUGUUGUAUUCGACGUUUCAUUGGUAGGCGAGGAGCACCGAUCGAAAUUUACUCCGAUAAUGGGAGAAACUUCACGGGAGCGGAGCACAUCUUGAAGGAGCAAGUUAAGCGUAUUCACGAAGACACGGCAGUCAUUUUUACAAACGCUGACACGAAGUGGUUUUUCAUUCCGCCGCUCACUCCCCACAUGGGCGGUUCUUGGGAGCGCUUGGUGCGGUCCAUCAAAAUAGCAAUGAACAGUCUCCCGCAAGAGCGCAGGUUCGACGAUGAAGCCUUGUACACCGUAGCCGUAGAUGCCGAAGCUAUUGUAAACACACGACCGUUAACUUAUCUACCUCUGGAUGCGGCCGAGAAGGAAGCGCUUACGCCAAAUCAUUUUUUACUCGGUUCUUCUAGUGGCGUAAAGCAACCAACAGUAAAAAUGAUCGAUUCAGUUAAAGCCAUUAGUGGCUCGUGGCAUAUGAUCCAGCAUACCUUGGAUCUUUUCUGGAAACGCUGGAUCAGAGAGUAUCUGCCUACUCUGACAAAACGAACCAAGUGGUUCGGAGAGACGAAAGUGGUGCAGCCCGGAGAUUUGGUUCUGAUCAUCGACGAGUCUAGGCAAAAUGGAUGGCUUAGAGGAAAAGUAUUGACGGUGGUUCCAGGAAAAGACGGCAGAGUAAGACAAGCAGUAGUUUAG